UCUCCGGUCGCCACCCACGGCACCCUUCUCUCCGAGCUCACUGCUGCUCACAUGUAGCUUAGUUUAUCUGGACACUGAGGUGACGAUGCCGGUCAGAAGUGUCCCCGUCCGAGAGCCGGCUUUCCCCGGCAGGUUACUGCAGCAGUAUCUGAUUUUAUUAAAGAAAUAUCCCAUUAUCACCAAGUCGGUCACCAGUGGUAUUCUCUCAGCGCUCGGGAACUUCCUCUCUCAGUAUUUAGAGUCGAAGAAAAAGCGUAAACAAGGCCGUCCAGCGAAGGAGGUGGACCUCUAUGGACCCAUCCGUUUUGCUGUGUAUGGGCUGGUCAUCACAGGUCCGGUCAGUCACUACUUCUACCACCUGCUGGAGGCGCUGUUCCCGGCCACGGAGCCCUACUGCAUGCUGAAGCGUCUGCUGCUGGAGCGCCUGAUUAUCGCCCCCGCCUUCCUCCUGUUGUUCUUUGUGGUGAUGAAUGCUCUGGAGGGUAAGACCGUCGUAGACCUCCAGGACAAAAUGAAAACGCGGUUCUGGUCUGCACUCAAGAUGAACUGGAAGGUCUGGACGCCGUUUCAGUUCAUCAACAUCAACUACGUUCCUGUGCAGUUUCGGGUGCUGUUUGCCAACAUGAUUACCUUGUUCUGGUAUGCCUACCUCGCAUCCGUCAGGAAAUGACAUCUAAGUAGGGUUUAGGGAGCAAACACUCUUGAACAAAGAUGGUUCUUCAAGGGUUCUUUAGUAAAAAGAAUGCUUCUACACAGAACCCUGAGUUCUAUGGUGAGAACCGUGGUUAUUUGCAUGGUGAAAUGGUUCUUCAGCUUGACUUUGUUGUAUGUGGUUCUAUAUACAACCCCGUUUCCCAAAAAGUUGGGACACUGUGCAAAAUGUAAAUAAAAACAGAAUGCAGUGAUGUGCAAAUCAUUUUUUUAUAAUCCUAUAUUUGAUUGAAAAUAGUAUAAAGACAACAUAUCAAAUGUUGAAAUUGAGAAAUGUUGUUUUUGAGAAAUAUAUGCCCAUUUUCAAUUUGAUGCCAACAACACGUUCCAAAAAAGUUGGGAUGGGGUCAUGUUAACUACUGUGAUUCAUCACUUCUUCUUUUAACAACACUUUGUAAGCGUUUGGGAACUGAGUAGACACUGCUGUAGUUUUGAAAGUGAAAUGUUUUCUAAUUCUUUUUUGAUACAGGAUUUCAGCUGCUCAUCAGUUUGGGGUCUCCUUACACAUAUUUUUAGCUUCGUAAUGCGCCAGAUGUUCUCAGUGGGUAGUUUAGCACCGGGACUCUUUUAAUACGGAGCAAUGCUGUUGUAAUUCAUGCAGAGUGUGGUUUGACAUUGUCUUGCUGAUAUAAGUAAGGCCUUAUCUGAAAAAUACGGCGUCUGGAUGGGAGCAUAUAUCAUUCAGUAUCAAUGGUGACUUCACAGAUGUCACUAAUGCACCCCCAUACAAUCAUAGACGCUGGCUUUUGAACUGUGCACUGAUAACAAGCCAGAUGAUUCUUUUCCUCUUUAGCUCAGAGGAAGUGGAAUUUCAAAUUUUGAUUAGUCAGACCCCAGAACACAUUUCCACGUCUGUCUUAAAUGAGCUCGGGCCCAGAGAAGGCGGCGGCGUUUCUGGAUCCUGUUUAUAAAUGGCUUCUUCUUUGAAUGGUAGAGUUUUAACUUGCAUUGGUGGAUGCAGUUAUGAACUGCACACACACAGUGGUUUUCUGAAGUGUUUCUGAGCCAAUGCAGUGAUUUCAACUACAGAAUCAAGUCUGUUUUUAAUACAGUGCCACCUGCGAGUCUCUGGGAUGUUCCCUUUAUACCCAAUCAUGUUACUGACCUGUUGCCAAUUAAUCUACUUAGUUGUGAGAUGUUGCACCUAGUAUUUUUUUAGCAUUACACAGCUUUACCAGUCUGUUGUUGCCCCGUCCCAAUUUUUUUUUCAAACGCGUUGCUGGCGUCAGAUUCAAUAUGGGUAUAAAUUUUUCAAAAAACAAUAAAAUGUAUCAGUUUCAACAUUUAAUGUAUUGUCUUUGUACUAUUUUCAAUUAAAUAUAGGGUUUAAGUGAUUUGCUCAUCAUUGCAUUCUGGUUUUAUUUACAUUUUGCACAGUGUCCCAACAUUUUGAAAAUGGUUCUUCUAUUGUCACAAGCUUGACAUUGUAACAGUAGAAAAAGCCGUUAUAGUGCUAUAUGGAACCAUUUUCAAAAAGGUUCUAUAUAGAACCAUUCACGAUUCUCCGUCAAUCUGAAGAACCAUUUCACCAUGCAAAGAACCAUGGUUCUCACCAGAGGACUCAUGGUUCUACAUAGGACCAUAACCUGUACUAAAGAACCCUUGAAGAACCCUCUUUUUUAAGAGUGUGGGCCAGUUCUAAUGAAGCCAGUUUGUGCCUUUGAUACUGUGCUAAGUCAGGUAUGGAUGAAUCACUGCCUUCUAAUAUAGAUUUUAUAUCAUCGUCUGUGGCAGAUUGCCGCAGAUAUUUGUGCUACACGAGAGUUUACUAGAUUAUUUGAAUUCAGAAAUGAUUUUCCUGCAAUUAUUUUUGUUAAAUGACUGUUGCACUGGGAGUAAUCAUUUUAGCUAAUGCUAAAGCUAAUGCUAACAUGCAUUAACUGGUUGUAGCAUUAAACAGGAUUAUGUUGUACGUCAUGUUUGCAGAUGGUACACUACUAAAAAAUGUCCCACUGUGUGAAUGUUUGAAUAAAAAUAAUUUAUUUGACUGAUUAAAGGAUGGUGCAUACCAACGGUUGUUGGAGCCAACAGCUGCCCAUCAGGAAAAAAAUGUGCAUUAAAAUGAAUUUUUCUAGUCUUCAUAGUGCAUGAAA